CAUCUACCCCAGUGAUGUCAAGAGAGCCCUAACUUCUUAUAAUGGAUGUAUGUGCUUUUGAUGCGCUGCGCGGAUCUUUUGAAGAGCUCUUCAACACUCAGUCAGCUGGAUCAGGUUGUUGAUAAAUGUGAGGUGAAAUAACUCCGAGGUGGUUACAUCAGAGACAGUGUUGGUGUGGAUGGACAGGUCAGGAGUGCAUAUGCAACACUGUGGGAGCUCCGUUGGAUUUAUUUACCGCAUCCUCCCGGGAUUUAUCGGCCACAAGAAUCCUUUUUUUGAUCGGAUGAAAUAAAAAGAGAAUGUAUGGAAUAAACCAGCGCUGUGUUUACAUAUCCUUUCAUUUCUUCGUGCUGUGGUGCCAUGCUCAGGGGGAGAAUCACCCGUCUCCUAAUUUUAACCAGUAUGUGAGGACGCAGGGUGCAGUGACGGACCAGCUCAGCCGCAGGCAGGUCAGGGUUUACCAGCUCUACAGCCGCACCAGCGGGAAACACGUCCAGAUUCAGGGCAAAAGGGUCACCGCAACAGCUGAGGAUGGAAAUAUGUACGCUCGUCUUUUUGUUGAGACAGAUACCUUUGGCAGUCGAGUGAGAAUUAGAGGUGCGGAAAGUGGGCACUACCUUUGCAUGAACCGGAAGGGGAAACUUGUUGGAAAGCCCAACGGCCGGAGCAGGGAUUGUAUCUUCACAGAGAUCGUACUGGAGAACAAUUACACAGCGUUCCAGAAUGCCAAGUAUGAGGGCUGGUAUGUGGCUUUUACCAGGAAAGGGAGGCCCAUCAAAGCCUCUAAGACAAGAGAGAACCAGAGGGAGGUCCAUUUCAUCAAGAGGCUACACACUGGCCCGCCUCCCUUCCCAAACACGGACCAAAGUAAACACUUUGAGUUCAUCCGAUUUCCGGCCACUCGUCGAGCAAAGCGAAACAGAAAAUCACCUACCUCUUCCUAACACGCAGCAAAAUAAAUGGACUGAUGACAGUUGUGAUAUAGGAAGAAACAGAUGCGAUUUUAUUUUUGUAUAUUUUUGAUAGGCAAAAGAUUGUUAAAAUGCCAUAAAUCUAAAGUAUUAUGGCUGUAAAAUGAUCAUGUGUAAAUACUGAAAGAGAGUAAAGAAAAUUGAUUAUA